AUUGCAGAAAUUUUCCGUGGGGAAAAUCUAACACUUGAAUAGGUUAAAGUUGAAUUUUAUAAAGAAAAUCUGACAUUCAAAAUGCUUUUUGGGUUUCGCAAAUUAAGUUUAAAUAUCUCAAAAAGGUAUGCAUCAGCUCUUCACCAUUUACAUGGUAAACGAGUGAACAGCAAAAACUGCAAAAGUGAAAUAGACGUUUUAAAUCCAGCAACAGGCAAACGAAUUGAAACACUGCAAGAGAGUAGUAUAGAAGACGUAGAUGCUGCUGUCCAUUCGGCGUCGGAAGCGUUUAAAAGUUGGGCAGAAUUUGCGCCUGCAGAUAGGGGUCGAAUUUUGUAUAAUGCAGCACAACUGAUUAAACAAAGAGCAGACGAAAUUGCUCUUGUAGAGGUCCAAGAUGUGGGAAAAACGCUUUAUGAAGCUGUAGAAGAUUUACAAGGAUGUGCAGCUACAUUAGAAUACUACGCGGCCUUAGCUACAACUUAUGAUGAUGCUGGACAAUUUUCACAAACUAAAGACGGUUAUGGCUACGUUAAAAAAGAACCAUUGGGAGUUUGUUGCGGUAUUGGAGCGUGGAAUUAUCCAUUUCAGAUGGCUGUUUUCAAGGCAGCUCCGGCUUUAACUUGUGGCAAUACAAUGGUUUUUAAACCAUCCCCGUUAACACCUUUAUCAGCGCUACUAUUUGCUGAUAUAUUAUACGAAUGUGGAAUACCUAAAGGUACAUUUAAUGUUGUACAAGGGGGUAGUACCGUUGGUGAGUCUUUGAUCAAACACGAGCUCGUUCGUAAAGUAACUAUGACCGGAAGUGUCAUCGGUGGUCGUAAUGUAAUGAAAGCUUGUAGUGAAGGACCAAAGCCAGUAACACUUGAGUUGGGCGGUAAAUCUCCUCUAAUUAUUUUCAAUGAUGCAAAUUUCGAGAAUGCUUUAAAGGGUGUUAUGAUGGCAAAUUUCCUAAAUCAAGGGCAAGUUUGUUCUAAUGGAACAAGGGUUUUCGUACAAGAAUCAAUAUAUGAUAAAUUCCUUGAGGAAUUAGUAAAAGCAACAGAAAAUUUAAAAGUCGGUGAUCCUCUUGUCAAAGAUACAAAAGUUGGUGCAAUUAUCGAUAAAAACCAGUCAAACAAGAUACUACAAUACAUUGACUCUGCUAGAAAAGAAAACGGAUCGAUAGAAUGUGGAGGAUUAAAGUUAGAACUUCCUGGUGAACUUUCAGGUGGAAAUUAUAUAUCUCCUUGUAUUAUUACAAAUCUUUCGGAUAAUGCAACUGCUGUAAGGGAAGAAAUAUUCGGUCCUGUUUUAACGCUACUCAAAUUCAAUGAAGAAGAAGAAGUUAUAGCUAGAGCGAAUGCAACUUCCGAUGUUCGAAGAAUUGCAACGAUGGCUAGUAAACUCGAAAGUGGUGUUGUGUAUGUUAAUACAUAUAAUGAUUAUCCACCAAAUUUACCAUUUGGCGGCGUCAAGAGUUCAGGUUUUGGAAGAGAGUUGGGUAAAGGAUCGUUAGAACAUUUCGUUUAUCAUAAAACUGUUCAUGUACGAGUGGAAAAUUUAGAAACUCCAUUAGUCAAUUAA